GCAAGCGUAUUCAUCCGUUUUGUUGGUUAUUAUUGUUUUGGCCUCGUUCAAACUACAAAUUAUAAAAUAUAUGUGAAUAUUUGGUGGUAGUCUUAAUAAUGCAGUGAGAUAAUGUGAAUAUAAUAUGUUAUUAAUGUUGAAAUAAUUAGAUUAUUGGGUAGCUGUUUACAUUCCUAACCUAAAAGAGAAGCCGCCAACAAACAUUUCAAUCAUGUUUUCUAUCUGCCGGCAAACGCACCCGGCUACUGGUAUCGAGCACGCCGUCAGCUGCUGUUUCUUUAACAAUGACGAGGUGUGCCUGGUCACCGCUGGCACGAAUAUUAUCAAGGUUUUCAGAUUAUUACCCGAGGGUUCGACUAAGGAAGUCAAUGCUGCCGGUCAACCAAUACCACCUAAAAUGAAACUGGAAUGUCUCGCAUCAUACACUUUGUGGGGAAAUGUGAUGUCCAUGGCAUCUGUCCACUGUCCAAGCACUGGCAGAGAUCUACUGCUGGUGUCGUUCAAAGAGGCCAAGCUAUCUGUACUGCAGUAUGAUCCACAAACAAACAAUCUUAUAACUUUAAGCAUGCAUUAUUUUGAAGAGGAUGAUAUGAAGGGUGGCUGGACUACACAUCCACAUAUCCCAUGGAUCCGCGUGGACCCAGAAUUCAGAUGUGCGGUAAUGUUACUCUAUGGAAAGAAAUUAGCUGUGUUACCAUUUAGAAAGGAUAUCACAUCGGAAGAUGGUGAUCCAUUAGAGGCCAAACCAUUUGUUGAGAAUAAGAAAAAUCAACAGCCCGCUGAACCAAUUGCCCGAGCACCGACACUGGCGUCCUAUGUGAUUGUGCUCAAAGAUUUGGAUGAGAAGAUAGACAAUGUACUGGACAUACAGUUCCUACAUGGUUAUUAUGAGCCUACAUUAUUAUUGCUGUAUGAACCCGUAAGGACGUUCCCUGGACGUACAGCGGUUCGUAACGACACGUGCGCAAUGGCUGGCGUGUCAUUAAAUAUGAGUGCAAGAGUACAUCCGGUCAUUUGGGCCACUGGUGGUCUACCGUUCGAUUGCUUACAAGCUGUGCCCAUACAGAAGCCACUUGGUGGAUGUUUAAUAAUGGCAGUAAACUCGCUGAUCUAUCUAAAUCAGUCGGUACCACCGUAUGGCGUUUCACUAAAUAGUAUCGCUACACACACCACGAAUUUCCCGCUUAGAAUUCAGGAAGGCGUAUGCAUAACUCUGGACGGCGCUUGCGUUGCGGCUCUGGGUGAAGGUCGUUUGGCGUUGUCGCUUCGCGGCGGGGAGCUGUACGUGCUGACGUUACUGUCCGACUCCGUCCGGAGUGUCCGGAGCUUCCACCUCGACAGAGCCGCGGCUUCUGUACUCACUGCACAGAUGUGCGUGAUAGAAGAAGACUUCCUGUUCCUGGCUUCCCGUCUCGGUAACUCUCUGUUGCUGCGAGUGACAGAGCGAGAGAACCGCAUGUUGUUCUCCGUCGACAAGCCUCUGGAAGCUACGGUUGAUCUCACACUUACAGAAGCGGAAAGAGAGGCAGCAUCAAGCGAACAGCAGCAGCAGAAGGACGCUCCCACAGACCCGGCGGCGAAGAAGCGUCGCAUGGACACCAUCAGCGACUGCGUGGCCUCCAACGUCAUUGAGAUCAGCGACAAGGACGAGCUGGAGGUGUACGGUUCAGACAUCAGGACCUCCACACAGCUCACCAGCUACGUGUUUGAGGUGUGCGACUCGGUCCUGAACAUCUGUCCGCUGGGGGCCGUGUCGAUGGGAGAACCAGCGCUGGCGGCCGCGCGCGGAGUGGAGCUGGUGGCCGGCGCGGGGCGCGGCAAGAACGGGGCCCUGUGCGUGCUGCAGCGGAGCCUGCGACCGCACCUCGUCACCGCCUUCAACCUGCCAGGCUGCAUCGACAUGUGGACGGUGCGCGGCCCCGGGGGCGCGUCGCCCGAGACGGAGGCCGGGGGAGCUCCGCACGCGUACCUCAUACUCACGCAGGAAGACUCCUCCAUGAUCCUCCAAACCGGUCAAGAGAUCAACGAAGUAGAUAACUCAGGGUUCAUGACGAGCGCGCCCACCAUAUUCGCUGGUAACCUCGGGAACAACAAGUACAUGGUGCAAGUGACCACUGCUGCCAUCAGGCUUAUUAAUAACGGCGUGCUGCUGCAGACGCUGCAGCUGGAGUGGGUGGGGGCGACUGCUGCGGCUGCAGACCCCUACGUGUGCGUGGUCUCCUCGUGCGGACGCGCACUCGUACUGGCGCUGCGGGAGUUCCGCGCCAAGGACGGCAUGAGUGCGCGGCUGGCCCCGACCCGGCAGGGCGUGCCGGCCCGGCCGGGCCUGGCCCGGGCCGCGCCCUACGCGGACCUCGGAGGACUGCUCACCGCAGGACACCCCGCAGAGGUGAAAGGGGAAUUCACAGGCAAGAAAGGCAAGAAUGUGAAAGCUGAAGGAUUCAAACCUGGUGCCGUGUACGAGCUCAAUGACGAGGAUGAAUUACUAUACGGCGGCGAUCAGACCCCGGCGUCUAUGGCCAGUAUAAUGUUAGCGGAACAAUCAAAGAACCCCGGCGUGCCUCGCCGGAUGUCUCGCUGGUGGAAAAAGUACCUGACGGAACCCAAACCCACGUACUGGCUGUUCGUUGUCCGGAACAAUGGCAACCUGGAGAUAUACUCGCUGCCGGAGAUGAGGCUCAGCUUCCUGGUGAGGGAUGUCUGCGCCGGCCACAGGAUCCUAGCAGACAGUCUGGAAUCCGUUCCAAUUAUCACCAAUCCCAUGGAAGAUGAGGAGCUGAACAGUUCGGUACACAACCCUGAUGUGGAUAAGCUGAAGGAACUGCUGGUGGUCGGGCUCGGGCAUAAGGGAAGCAGGGUGCUGCUGCUGAUGAGGUUUGAUGAUGAUCAGCUUAUGAUAUACCAGGCGUACAAGUACCCGCGUGGUAACCUCAAGAUGCGCUUCUCCCGCAUCCCGGUAUCGUUUCCGUUCGGGUACCGCAGUGGCCGCACGCAAACUACUCCUGAUGAGGGAGACGAGGUGGCCACGCUGCGGGAGAACGUGCGACAGCUGCGGUACUUCAGUAACGUGGGCGGGUACAACGGCGUGUUCGUAUGCGGGCCCACGCCUUAUAUUCUGCUGCUGCCGGCGCGAGGUGAGCUGAGGGUUCACCCGCUGGCGGCUGAUGAUGCCCCGGUACCAACCUUCGCGCCCUUCAACAACACCAACUGUCCGCAAGGAUUCCUCUACUUCAACGCCAAGUCGUCGCUGCGUAUCAGCGCGCUGCCGACGCACCUGUCGUACGACGCGCCGUGGGCGGUGCGCAAGGUCCCGCUGCGGAUGACGCCGCACUUCGUCACCUACCACCUCGAGUCCAAGACCUACUGCCUCGUGGCCUCCGUGCCCGGCUCCGCCACCUCCUACUACAAGUUCAACGGCGAGGACAAGGAGAAGUCCUCGGAGAACAAGGGAGACAGGUUCCCGUACCCGAGCCAGGAGCGGUUCUGCGUGUCGUUGUUCUCGCCGGUGUCGUGGGAGAUCAUCCCCAACACGCGCAUCGAGCUCGACGAGUGGGAGCACGUCACCUGCCUCAAGAACGUCUCGCUCUCCUACGAGGGCACCAGGUCCGGUCUACGCGGGUAUAUUGCUAUUGGCACCAAUUACAACUACAGUGAAGAUAUCACGUCACGAGGGCGGAUACUAAUUUAUGACAUCAUCGACGUAGUUCCGGAACCUGGGCAGCCGUUGACGAAGAACAGGUUCAAAGAGUUGUAUGCCAAAGAACAGAAGGGACCAGUCACCGCUCUCACUCAAGUGUUCGGGUAUCUCAUAUCAGCUGUUGGGCAAAAGAUCUACAUCUGGCAGCUAAAAGACAACGAUCUGGUGGGCGUGGCGUUCAUAGACACGCAGAUCUACGUGCACCGGAUGUUAGCCGUGAAGAACCUGAUCCUGGUGGCGGACGUGUACAAGUCCAUAUCGCUGCUGCGCUACCAGGCCCAGCACAGGACGCUCUCGCUCGUCUCCAGGGACUUCCGGACCGCGCAGAUUUACGAUAUGGAGUUUAUGGUGGAUAAUACGAAUCUGGGGUUCCUGGUCAGCGAGGCGGAUGGUAACUUCGCCAUGUUCAUGUACCAGCCGCAGGCCAGGGAGAGCUACGGAGGGCAGCGUCUGAUCCGCAAGUGUGACUACCACCUGGGGCAGCAGGUCAACGCCAUGUUCCGCAUCGCUGCCAGACAUCCGCCCUCGGCCCCACCCCCUCGCAGGCACGUCACCAUGUUCGCGACCCUGGACGGCGGUGUGGGGUACGUGGUCCCGCUUACAGAGAAGACUUACCGCCGACUGCUCAUGUUGCAGAAUGUGAUCAAUAACUACGCGUGCCAUAUUGCUGGACUCAACCCACGCGCAUACAGGACGUACAAGCCGCUUCGUAGAGGCGGUGGCGCUGCCGCUCGAGGUAUCCUGGACGGAGACCUAGUGGCUCUGUUCCCUUCCAUGCCCAACGCUGAGAAGCAAGACAUCGCAAAGAAAAUUGGCACAAGAGUUGACGAGAUCAUGGCCGACCUGUACGAGAUAGAUAGACUGACGGCGCACUUCUGAUUAGUUAUAGAAUUUUGUAAAUAAUUAAAUCUAAGCCUUAAUAAAAGUAUUAUAAGUUUUGAUUC